AUGACAGAAGAAGAGGAUAUUGGAUUUGCCGUUUAUUUUGAUUCUUCGGGUACAGCAAAUAAUUUGGCUGAAAUGGAAUGUGUUUACCCGUAUAUUCGUUUGGAGUGCUCGUUAGUUCCUAUUUCUGGAUCUAUGCUUUGUGAACAGACUGGAAGAUAUAUAAUCGAAUUUGACAAUUAUUAUUCUUGGUUCUCGGCUAAACAAUUGCGUUAUAAUAUUGAAAUUGAUGAUAGAGGAGUGAAUUAA